UUUAGAGGGAACUAGAGAAACGGUGACUCUUAAUUUAACAACAAUUGACAUUUUAAGAAGAAACCGAUACAAUUGACGGGUAAAUUUAUUCUUGACGCGAGGUGAACAAGGAAUAAAAAGUUAGGGCCCUCUGGGGCUAACUCGCGCGAUCGACUCCUGCGGCUUCUCUCCCACGACUGCGUUGCCGGCCGGGGCGCGCUUUUUCGCGGUUUCUGCCGACACAUCGCAUUGCGACCCGAUUCGAUCUGCGCGGCGAGAGAGGAAGCUCAUACGGGUGAUUAAUGCGCCACGGGCCAGGGCAAACUGGCUCGGUCGCGGCGCCCAUGUGAACCCGAGCAAUUAGCAAUUGGCUAAUUAUACAGUUAACGGGCGAUGCGCGCCGCCUGCGACGAACACAACGUAGCAAGUCGCGCGGCGCGCUUAAUUGUGCGCCGUAAAUGGAGCGCGCUUUUCCUUCCUAGCCUCCUAGUCGCCGUUUUUUCCACGACGUUCGCGACACCCCCUCCCCGCGAAUUCCGGCGGCGCGCACACGACUUCGCGUUUCUUUCUUUUUUUUUGUCAUCUUUAAUUAACCGCGAGAACGGGCGCGCGACCUUGCCCGAGUUAAUUGCGACUCCUAGCCGGACGCCCAAAAAUAAUCCGCGAGGAAUAAGCGAGCGCGCGUCGUACACACUGAGAAGAAGAAAUUGAAAUGUUGCAUGAGGGCCAAUAUUUCCCGAAGAUGGAUACUCGAUGCAAAGCAUAGGUUGACGGAGCCUACUGUGGCAGCUGCCAUGCCAACGUACCACAAUGCGGGUGGUGGAUACCCGAACGUGUCAGCGCCAGCGCGGCAAGCAAAGCUCGACGGCAAUCAAAAUCAUCAUACUAUCCCUUCAAACGUAACGUCCCAUCCCCUCAUACAAAACAGCACUCAGCAGCACAGCGUACCUUCCAACCUGACUGCAGGUAACAUUCCGUCCCACCCGGUAUCGCCGACAAUGACCACGCAUUCAAGCGUCACCGCCCCGGUGAAUAUCACGACGCACAUGAACACCGCUUCCACGCCGGUGAUCCUUACCUCAAAUGCCAUUAAUCCGGGCAACACCACCGCUUUGCCGGUCAAUCCGAGGCACGAGGUGAAGCUGAACGCGAUGCCAUGGUUUCACGGGAAGAUAUCGAGGGAAACGGCGGAAAGAUUACUGCGGCCGCGAGAAGACGGCCUAUUCCUAGUUCGAGAGUCCACCAACUUCCCCGGGGACUACACGCUGUGCGUCUGUUACCAAGGGCGCGUGCAGCACUACAGGGUGAAGUACAAGAACAACCAAUUGACGAUCGACGACGAGGAGUUCUUCGAGAAUCUGGCGCUUCUGGUGGAGCACUACGAGCAGGACGCGGACGGUUUGUGCACGCAACUGACCAAGUCACUGCCGAAGCAGGGCAAGCAGGAUUUCUGCGUGGACCCGAAAGCGUUCGUGGAGGCCGGCUGGGUGAUUCAGACUCACGACUUAGAAUUAAGAGAGUGCAUCGGAAAGGGAGAAUUCGGGGAUGUGCUGUUAGGUGUCUAUCGGGGAGAGAAGGUCGCGGUGAAGAUGCUGAAGGAUAACAGCGAGGCGGCGCAAAGGUUUCUCGCCGAGGCGAGCUUAAUGACCUCGUUGAUUCAUGACAAUCUGGUUAAGUUACUCGGUCUCGUUUUUAAUAAUCAACACAUAUACCUGGUUACGGAAUAUAUGAGCAAGGGAUCGCUGGUGGACUAUUUACGAUCGAGAGGCCGGCUGCACGUCUCGAAGAAGGAUCAGAUUAAUUUCGCCUACGAUACGUGCGCCGGUAUGGCUUAUCUGGAGUCCAGACACGUCGUGCAUCGAGACCUGGCGGCGAGGAACGUUCUCGUGGCGGAGGAUAACUCCGCGAAAGUAUCCGAUUUCGGCUUGGCGCGGGACGAAAACUUUUCCCUCGACGGUGGCAAGCUGCCGAUCAAGUGGACUGCACCGGAAGCUUUAAAACAGAGCUUCUCAAACAAGUCUGACAUGUGGAGCUUCGGAAUUCUUCUUUGGGAGAUCUAUUCCUUUGGUCGCGUGCCGUACCCGCGAAUUCCUUUAGCCGACGUUGUGAAGUGCGUGGAAAAAGGAUACAAGAUGGAGCCGCCAGACGGAUGUCCUCCGGAAGUUUAUGAUAUUAUGAGACAGGCAUGGGAUUUGCAGCCGGAAAAGAGACCGAGUUUCCACGAUAUAAAAGUGACACUCGGCCAGUUGAGAGCUGAGUACACCAAAGGCGUGAAUUAAGAAAGAACUUAAUACAGUUAGGAACGAACUUAGCGAGUGGGACUGAAUGAUGUCUGAAUGAUUUCUCAAUUUUCAAAUGAAGGUAGUGAUUCUGAAUAUUUUUAUUAGAUAGAUCGAGAGAGGAUAUAAAAAAAAAAGGGAAGAAAUGAGAGACAGGACUUCUAUUGUACAUUGUAUACAAACAUAGUAUUCGCUUUGCUUAUAUUUAUUGUUAUUUUAGUUUUUUUUUUUUUGAAAACGGGGAGAGUUUUAAUUUUUAUAUAGCGAUAUUUUGCACAAGCAUUACCUACGUCAAUCGUGCCUUUGUCCAAGUUGACGUUCUCGACUAGGAAAUUCAACUUGCACAUGUGAAAUCCGGGUAUAUUCGGAAUGAAAUCAACAUAAAAGAUGCAUAGUAUCUGAAAUAAUCGCCUACUACACUUAACUUGUAAUAGCCAUGUUUCUUCGAAGUCUAUUGUGGCGAUGGUAAAAUUAGCUUUGCGACGGGUUCUUUUCUUUUUUCUAAGUAAUCCAAGUCUUUUACAUUGCAGCACAAAUAUAACUUACACUAAAUUUAGAUGAUUUAUUGUGUGCAUAACAUGCUACAUUACCUGCUUCGUAAUCUAGUCCAUUUUACCUUUGGUAGUGGACUAUUACUUCGUUAUUUGUUGAAAUCCUAUAAGAAACUUUUAUUCAAAAAAAGAAAUUUGUAUCAUUACAAAUGCGUGCGAUUCGUUUCAGCAAUCAUAGGUUUCCAAGGUACUUGUUUAGUUAUUUAAGCUCUUUGAUCAAAGAUUUGUCGUAGGAAGUAUUAAUUUUUAACUAAAUUAUUGCAAUUACAGCGCACCAUUAUUUAAGUUGUCUCAAUAUAUUCGACUGCAUUAGUGGUGUAAAUGUAUCUGUAAAUAUUUUUGUAUAUAUUUAUCCAUCAAAAAAAAAAGAAACAUAUUUCGAGAACAGAUGAUAUUGGUUGAGAUUUAACGAGAAAUGUCCAUAUCUUUUUUUUAGACUUAAGAAUAAUUUGUACUAUGAACGAAUGUCUAUACACACAAUCGCACCACGCCAAAAAAUGACUAUCACUCGCCGUUCGUUAUAUCUAUAUUAUUGACGAUUUCGUAGGUCGAAUAGUGUGUAAUUAUUCGCAACACCAUUUUUAACGUAUCGUUCAUUUGACAUGAAAGAUUCUGCCAACAGUAACAACGGACUAAUCGUGACUGCAUUUGACGGCCGUAUUUCUCUAAAUGGUAGCUACGAGCUGCGCGGAGAAUAUCAAAUAUUAUUUAUUCUUUAAGGCACAGCGAGCAACAUGGUCUGUAAAACUGUAGAUACUAAAUUCUUCUACGUAUGAUAUUCUUGUUCGUACGAUUAAAAGAGAAAUAAAUUUUCCUAAAUUGAAUAUCGA